UUUCCAAAUUAUUUGAAAAGUUGAGCUCACAUAAUACAUAAACCUGGCAUUUUGUUGAAUUGGAAGUCCCUAAGCGUUGUAUGAAAAAAUAUGGGACUGAAACUGGUAGCAGCAAAAGUAUGUGUCAUAUGUGUGUGUUUAGGUGUAGGGUGGAAUGCUCUUUUGAGCGUGUCUCCAAUAGAUCCACUCCCUGUUGACCUUCCUCCGCCUCCAGAGCGAGUUGGAGUUUUGUCUUACAACAAGAAGCUCCACUCUGCAUUAAAACUUGCUUUUGGGCAGGUGUCAGGACCAGAAGAUCUGGCAGUUGACUCUGAGGGAAGAAUCUAUACGGCUUGUGCAGAUGGAUGGGUUAAACGCAUCUCCUUUGCAAGCAACGACUCAUACUCCUCUCUGCAGGUCGAGAAGUGGGCAUAUGUUGGAGGCCGUCCUUUGGGGAUUGCUUUUGGCCUUCAUGGAGAGUUAUUAGUCUGCGAGGCUUCCAGGGGACUCCUAAAUGUGACACAAGAGAAAGUGGAGCUUCUCUCUGAGGAAGCAGAUGGAUUGCCUUACAGGCUCGCAGAUGGAGUAGAUGUAGGCAAAGAUGGGGUCGUCUACUUCACAGACGCCAGCUACAAAUACGGAUUGGAUAUCCAUGCAUUAGAUAUCAUAGAGGGUCGACCUCGUGGCCGGCUGCUCAAAUAUGAUCCUGCAACCAACACUACUAGUGUUCUUCUCAAAGAACUAUAUUUUGCCAAUGGAGUUGCACUCUCCCCCAAGCAGGACUUCCUCGUCUACUGUGAAACAUCGAUGUUCCGGUGUCGGAAAUUCUGGCUGGAAGGGCCCAAUAGAGGCAACACGGAAUCGUUCAUUGACAGGCUUCCCGGAUUUCCUGAUAACAUCCGUUAUGACGGACAAGGCAUCUUCUGGAUUGCACUUCCAACGAGCUGGAGCCUUUUGGGCAGGACGAUGGUAAGAUACCCUUAUCUGAGGCAUGUGAUUGUAGCGAUGGCGGCUAUGGCGCCAGGUGUGAUAGAUGCAACCCUAGUCAAAGAAUCGAGCGUUGUGGCCGUAAAUGAAAAUGGGGAAACAGUGGCACUUUUCUCAUAUCCAGGCAUCACCUCUAUCACUGCAGGGUUGAGGAUUGGAGAGUUUCUUUAUUAUGGGGGUAUUGAUCUCGAAUACAUUGGUCGCCUUGAUCUCGAAGAUAAGAUAUGAAAACUACGCACCAGCGGUGCUUACGAAAAAAAUCCGAAUGCUUCGGUUUUGUCGCUGGUUUGUCUAAUUUAGGUCGUAUAUCAAGACAAACAAAAAUUGUUGUUUGCAAUGGUGGAUGGAUCUGGGAUAGUAUUAUUAUGAUGCCACAGAUUCCAAUAAUAAUCUUAUUUAGACGUAGAAUAUUACGAUGCUAAUAGAAUAAUAUUAUUGAUGUCAUGAACAAUAAAUAUGUUGUAGUUCAAAAAUUUUGUGUUCUUGGUAUGACGACUAUCUUAAA